ACGGGUUUUCAAUAAGUGAAGGAGAGAGAGAGAGAGGCCGAUCUGUAUCUCGUGCGAAGGGGGGGAAAACAUUUUUCCUUUUUUUUCGUUCCUUGUCAUUGAAGAUCUACCGUACGGUAUACAAGGGCUAAAAAUCUUAGUCGUCCGUGCCACGAGCGCAUUUGAGAAGGCGAAGAGAAAGAGAAAGAGAAAGAGAAGAGAAAGAAAGAAAGAGAGAAAGAGUCAGAGAGAGAAAGAGAGCGCGCGCGAGCGAGCGAGCGAGCGAGCGAAAGAGAGAGAAAGAGAGCGAUAAAGGAAAAGAUGCUCGAUCGUCGUCGGGUUUCGUCGGUUCUCGACGCCUGACGAGGUCGCGCUCAUCGUCUCCGUCGUUCGUCGGCGAAAAUGAAAGAAGCUCGUCGUCGUCUCUACGAGCAGCUGAUGGCGGCCGAGUGCCGUUCGAGCCUCCUCCGACGUUUCUCGCGUACGCGUUCCUAGUGUGUGAGUGCGUUCAUAUUAUUAUACAAAAUUCACGGAGGAAAGUGCCGAGAGACGACGCUUGCCGAACAUAGGAAUAUAAAAAUACGACUCGUGUUAAAAACGCCGCGUACCUGUGUCCCCCUGUGCAUAUGAUCUAGAAACAGAAAGAGAAACAGAUAGAAAGAACGACAGAGCGAGAGAGAAAGAUAAAGAGAACGAGAAGGAGAGAUAGAGAUAGAGCGAGAGAGAGAGAGAGGGAAAGGCAGAGAGAGAGAGAGAGAGAGAGAGAGAUAGAAGAAAAGAGACGCUUUUCGUACGGACAGAGACCGCCCCUGGCUCGCGCGAGCUAUUUCGUAACGGUGCUUCGUACAGCCAGAGUCGACACGCAAGCACGACUGCUCGGUAAGAAUCCCCUGCCCCCGCCUCCCCCAUCAUCGGCCAUCCGCCAUCUCCCCCGUCCUCUUACGGCCUCCUCUUCAAGAGAGGAGUCUCCUAUUCGAAUCCGCCGGUGCUCUCUGUAUUUUCCAUCUAAUUCUUCGAUUCUCCGUCGAGAGAGCAAACCGGUGAGAGCGCUGCGUGCGUGAGAAAGAGAGUGUGUAAGUGUGUUCACGUGUGUGUGCGUGCGUAUACGUGUAUGUGUGUAAGAGAGAGAGAGAAAGAGAAAGAAAGAAAGAAAGAGAGAGAGAGAGAGAGCAACGAUUUGUAUGUGGUGGUGUGUGUGUGCGUGUUUUAGAUAGAGUGAGAACGUAGUAGUGGGAGGAAGAUAGGAAGAAGGGUUAAUACGUGUAUGCGUGCGUGCGUGCGUACGUACUUUGCAUCCGUGCAAAAGAGUAAGAAAGGAGAAAGAGAGAGAGAGAGAGAGAGAGAGAGAGAGAAAGAGAAUAAGUAAGUAAGGAAGGGAGGGAGGAAAGACCGCCGACCACCCUUCGCUCGCAGGUAGCCUAGUUCAUUAUCCGCUCGUAGUGAGCAAAAAUAAUUUACGGACGACGCUUCGGUUUUACGGUGUAGGUGGAGAAGCUUCGACACAUAAGAGGGGAAACACACAGGGCGUGCGUGCCCUCCCCUUCCCCCGCGUGUGACAACGCCUAACGAGAAGGAGAAAGAGAGAUAGCGCGCGCGCGCGCGCGUUCUCUCAAAGAUAGAAAGAGAAAGAGAGAGAGAGAAAAACGAGAGCCUCUUUUCUCGGGACGAGAAAGAGAGAAAGAAAGAAUACGACGACGCACGACGAUACGACGAGUUGCCGGCGGUAAGCGAGAGCUUCGAGCAAGAAAGAGAUACAGAGAGAGAAAGAGAAAGAGAGAGAGAGAGAGAGAGAGAGAGAGAGAAAGAAAUAAAGAGGAGUUAUAUAGAGAAGAUAGAGAUAUAUAGAGAUAGAUAAAGAGAGAGAGAGAGAGAGAGAGAGACAGAGAAAAGAUUCCUUCCUGGACGGAUUUAGACAUUCGAGAAGUAGUAACACAACGUCCACCUCAUCCAUUCUCAUCGUCAUCAUCAUCAUCAUCAUCAUCAUCAUCAUCAUCAUCUUCUUCGGUUAGCUCUCAAUGGAUCUAUUCGAACAGCGACACCCAUAAUCCAUCGACACGUCGACAUCUCAAAGGAAAGAUAUCUUUCCUCGUCUAUACCACCCCCUGCAUUACCUCCCUUCUCUCUUUUCCUCUUCUCCCUGUUACCACCUUCUUCUCUUCUCCUCUCCUCUCCUCUCCUAAUCUUCUCUCCUCUCCCUCUAGCACCGCGGGCGCGUGCUAUGCACGACCGAAACGCGACCGUCGACCUUCUCUGCCGCAGGAACGCGUGAACAGUAGGUUACCGUGUCCAGGUAUACCACGUGCUCUCGAUUCGCGUUAGUGUAUUCUACUACCUACGUUACUAAUAGUGUACGUACGUGUACCGUGUACGUGUGUGAGCGUGAGUGUGUAUGUGUACGUGUGUGGUAGGUGUACGUACGUGAACGUGCGUGCGCCGCGCGCGUGCCUACGUGUGUGCGCGUAUAUGUGUAUAUGUGUGUGUCUGCUAUCUCUCUGUGUGUGUACGUACGUACGUGCGCGCGCGCGCGUGCCAUCGACAUCACUUAGAGAAGCUCAUCUACAUCCAUCCCCCUUCUUACCUGUUUUACUUAAUAUUGUGAAAGUGCAGUGAGUCGUAAUAUCGACGUAAACGUCCACGCGGAAUGCGGCCUCCUCGAGGUGGACGACGCCAUCGUCUCUAAUCGCCGUCGCCGCAAACGCCGCCACCGGCGUCGUCGAUCGUCGUCGUCGUCGUCGUCGUCGUCGUCGUCGUCGUCGCCGCCGUCGUCGUCGUCGUCGUCGUCGAUCGUCGUCGUCGUCGUCGUCGUCGUCCGGUAAAUCGGGGCACGAACGUGUAAAGUACAAUCGUUCAAGACGACGACUAGUUAACCCUACAGAUACUUAGAGUGCCUCCGAGUACGAUUCCCAACAUGUCGUCAGGGACUUUCGUCGAUCGGAUAGAUCCCUUCGCUAAGCGAUCGCUUAAGAAGAAGUCGAAGAAGUCCCAGAGUUCCUCGCGAUAUAGAAACUCACAGGACGUCGAGCUACAACAGCUACCACAGCUCAAAGAUGUUACACCGUCAGAGCAAGAAGAUUUGUUUAUUAGAAAACUUCGGCAAUGCUGUGUGGCGUUCGAUUUUAUGGAUCCGAUGGCGGAUCUCAAGGGGAAGGAAAUUAAACGCAGUACCCUCAACGAAUUGGUGGAAUACAUCACGGCUGGACGAGGCGUUCUUACCGAACCUGUUUACCCAGAAAUCAUCAAGAUGAUAUCAGCGAAUCUUUUCCGUACGUUGCCACCUAGUGAAAAUCCAGACUUUGAUCCAGAAGAAGAUGAUCCAACAUUGGAGGCGAGCUGGCCCCACCUUCAGUUGGUUUAUGAAUUCUUUCUUCGCUUUCUCGAGUCUUCAGACUUCCAACCUGCCAUUGGCAAGAAAGUUAUUGACCAAAAAUUUGUUUUACAAUUAUUGGAAUUAUUCGACUCGGAAGAUCCUAGGGAAAGAGAUUUUCUUAAGACCGUUUUACAUCGUAUUUACGGCAAGUUCCUUGGUCUUCGAGCGUUCAUACGCAAACAAAUUAAUAACAUUUUUCUGAGGUUCGUCUAUGAAACGGAACACUUUAAUGGAGUAGGCGAACUUCUUGAAAUUCUUGGUAGCAUCAUUAAUGGAUUUGCUCUACCUUUAAAAGUAGAACACAAACAGUUCUUGAUUAAGGUAUUACUACCAUUACACAAAGUGAAGUGUUUAUCGCUCUAUCAUGCACAGUUAGCUUAUUGCGUUGUACAAUUCUUGGAGAAAGACGCAACCUUAACGGAACCAGUUGUACGAGGCCUCCUUAAGUUCUGGCCUAAGACAUGCAGCCAGAAGGAGGUUAUGUUCCUUGGUGAGAUUGAGGAAAUACUUGAUGUCAUAGAACCUAGCCAAUUUGUUAAAAUCCAAGAGCCUUUGUUCAGGCAAAUCGCACGUUGCGUAUCCUCGCCGCAUUUCCAGGUCGCAGAGAGAGCAUUGUACUUCUGGAAUAACGAGUAUAUAAUGUCGCUAAUCGAGGAAAAUAAUCACGUAAUAAUGGCGAUCAUGUUCCCCGCAUUGUAUAAAAUUAGCAAGGAGCAUUGGAAUCAGACGAUCGUAGCACUUGUUUAUAAUGUACUCAAAACGUUUAUGGAAAUGAACAGCAAGCAAUUCGAUGAACUUACUGCCAGCUAUAAGUCUGAAAGGCAAAAAGAAAAGAAAAGGGAAAAGGAGAGAGAAGAAUUAUGGAAAAAAUUAAACGAACUCGAAAUAGAGCGACGCGGUGCACUAACAGAAACAUCCAACAAUUCUGUUCCUGCCACGACUGCACCAGCGACGCGAACCCGCCCCUGAGCUAGUGGACAUACACUAUUACGCUGCCCAGUUAUUAGUCCUUAGUUUACGUCGAUUGUCCAUACACUACAAGCAAGAAAUUAUCGUUGUUAGAAAAAAAGAGGCAGAAGGAAGGAAAGAAAAAGAAGAAAGAAAAAAAGAAACAAAUAUCUCACGAUGGCAUUCUUGACGUAAAAUACAAUUUCUUUCGUUAGAAUCGCGCCCGGAAGGCAAAAUGGAGUUCGUAAAUAAAAAAAAAAUGAAAAAAUAUAUAUAUAUAUACAUAUAUAUAUAUAUAUAUAUAUAUAUAUAUAUA